CUUAAUUUUUGCCACAUUAUACCCACUCUUUUCAUGGUAUUGCCACUGUUGGUCCAUCGUUAGCUUAUCCGUCCAGGAGCCGUCAAACCGAGGGGUAGAAUUGUCUUUUCAGUAGAGGGUCGUCGUCUCCUAUAGCAUUGACGGUGUGCUUUGACUGAGAGGAAAGAAAUUAGAAAACAAGAAAACCUAAGUCCUAAAUCCUAUUCUUCGAUUUCGACAAAAUUGCAUCGAAUCCGAUCAAAUAUCGUAUCAAAUCCGACCAAUAUCGAAGAAAUUGGAAGCGAAAUUCUAUCAAUUUCGGAAGGACCAGCAAGGAAGUAGGGAGAAACGAAGGGAUUAACGACAAUGGAUUCCGCCAAAAACCUAGAUACCUUUUGCUUGAAGUUAAGGCAUGGUGGUUGCCUUAAAAGGAAUGAAAUAGGAUAUGUUGGAGGGGCAACUGAGUGUUUGAAUUUGGAUAUUGAUUUGUGGGGCAUGAUUACUUUAAGGGAAACAGUUGAAGAUUUGGGGUAUAAUAUGUUAGAGAAGUUUAAAUACUUUACAUCAACUAGGGAUGGGGUUUUAUUUGAAUUAGAGACAGAUAGUGAUUGUUGGGCAAUAUGUGACAUAGGACAAUUUCCCAAUCUAAUUGAGGUUUGGGUUGUAGGUGAGGGGCAGGGUGAGGCUGAACCUUUAGUUGAAGGAGAUUGUCAGUCAGAUGAUGAUGAAGAAUAUGAUGAAGGGGAGUACAGUGAUGAUGACAGUGGGGGAAGUGAUGACUUAGACUUUGAGGGUCAUGUCGAUCCAAAUGUAGAGUUUGCAGGGUUAGGGAAAACUGUUGCUGUAGAUAGUGAUGAGAUACUUACUGGGGCUGGGUAUGUGAAUGAAGGAAUUGGAACUGAGAAAGGGGUUGAGAAAGGGGCUGGUUCUGGGACUAAGACUGUGAAUGAUGGAGUUGAUUUUUCUGAUGAAGACAGUGGGAAAGACAGUGAUGAGGAUGAGCAGUUUAAAUUCCCCGUGUUUAGGCCAAAGAGUGAGAUGAAGUCUCCAAAGUUCAGUGUUGGCCUAACAUUUGGAACAAAGGCUGAAUUUAAACAAGCUGUGCAUAAUUAUGCAUUGAAUAAUGGGAAGGAUUUGAAGUUUACUAAGAAUGACAAGUGUAGAAUGUGUGUAAGAUGUAGACAGGAAGGUUGCCCUUUCAAGAUUAAUCUUUGGAAAGUGAAGAAUGCCAUGUCUUGGAGAAUUGUUACUUUUAAUGAAGAACAUGUAGGCUGUGGUUGGGUGUUUCAGAACUCCAUGGUGAAAUCAACAAGGAUUGCAAAGAGGUGGGUGCAAGAGAUUGGACACCACACCAACUGGACCACUUCAGAAUUUAGAGACAAAGUCAAGGUUGAUGAUAAAUGUGAGAUUAGUACUAGACAAGCUUAUAGGGCUAUCAAAAAAGCUAAGAAAGUUAUUGAAGGAGAGGCAAUUGAAUUCUUUAACAAGAUUUGGGACUAUGUCUUGGAGAUUGAAAAAACAAACCCCAAUACUACAUGGAAAGUGAAAGAGUCUGACUUGAAGUAUGAAGGAAGAUCUAGGUUCCUUAGGAUGUAUUUCUGCUGGGAGGCUUGCAAAGAAGGCUACAAGUUUUGUAGGAAAAUAAUUGGAGUUGAUGGUUGCUAUUUGAAGAGCAAAUUUGGAGGACAACUUUUGACUGCUGUUGGAAUUGAUGGGAAUGACAACAUCUUCCCUUUAGCAUAUGCCAUUGUAGAACUGGAAACAAAGGAGUCAUGGAGCUGGUUUUUGGAAUUACUUAGGGUGGACCUGAAAAUCUCAAGGGAAGAUGAACACCAGCUCAUAUUUAUAUCAGACAAACAAAAGGGGCUUUUACCAGCUUUUGAAGAUGUUUUACCAUAUGCCACUCACAGAUUUUGUGUGAGGCAUCUACAUGGUAACAUGAAGCUUGCAGGAUUUGUAGGCAAGGCAUUGAAAGAUGGUUUGUGGGCAGCAGCCAAGGCCACCACAGUCAACAGUUUUAAUGAUGCAAUGGGUGAGAUCAAGAACAUGGAUGUUGAAGCAUAUAAAUGGCUAGCUGAGAGACACCCAUCUGAGUGGUCAAGGUCCCAUUUCACACCUUUCUCUAAAUCUGAUGCACUAGUGAAUAAUAUUUCUGAAAGUUUUAAUGCAAUGAUCUUAGAUGCUAGGGAACAGCCUUUGAUUUCAUGUUUAGAAAGUAUUAGGAAACUGUUGAUGAAAAAACUCUUUGAAAGCAAACAAAAGGCUGCUAGUUGGAAGGGGCAUUUUUGCCUUACAAUUAUGAAGAAAAUUGCUGUUGUUGAGCAAUUUGCUGCUGGGUGUUUAGGGAGUCAAAGUGAUGAAAAUUUGUUUGAGAUUAGGUGUAUGUCAGGGUUAGGGAGCUUAGAGCAACAUAGUGUUGAUUUGAUGAGGGGGGCUUGUAGUUGUAGAAAAUGGGACUUAACAGGAAUACCUUGUAAGCAUGCAAUUUGUGCCAUAUGGCUUAAGCAUGGUAAAGGGGGUGUUGUGCAUCAUUAUGUAAGUGAUUGUUACUCCAUAAAUAGUUACUUGAACACAUAUGGAGGGAGAAUAAAGCCAUUGGCUGGUCCAAGUGAAUGGCCUAAGUCCAAUAAGCAACCACUACUGCCCCCUUUGUACACAAGGAAGGCUGGCAGACCAAAAAAACUGAGAAAGAUGUCAGCACCUGAGAUGACCAAAGAUGGUACGCAUAUGAACCGUAGUGUGAUUGUGAAACACUGUAAGAAAUGCAACAAGACAGGUCAUAAUGCAAGGACAUGCCCUCUUGAUCCUACAAACAGUCAGAGAAAGCUUAAUCCAAGAAAAAGGAAAAUCAAGCCAAAAACCGCAACUGACAAAGGAGAUGGUUCCUCAACUACUGUGCCUACUGCUGUGCCUACCCAGACUGCUCCAAUCCAGAGACAGCCUAAUCCAAGAGUUAGGAAACAGAAGCAGACAUGUGGUACUCAGCCUACUGCCAGACAGAGCAAGCUUAUUCCUAUGAAAAGGAAAAUCAACCAAACAACUCUCAAUGAAUCAGUAGGUGGUUCCAAUCCUGUUGUGCCACUUGGAAUUGGUAUAGACGACACUAUUGGUCCAGAUUUUUGGAGUGAAGCAGUUGAGGUGGCAGCUAUGUUUGACAAUGUGGCUGAACCUGUAGUGGCUGAACAAGAAGAAAUCUCAAUUACCCAACCUGAAAUGGAACUUGACACCACUCAGCCAGAAAGUACACCUCAAGUGACCAAAGCUUCAAAGACUAGCCCUGUUCAACCUCGGAGAAGAUAUGGCACAAGAAGCAAUCUGAAGUCAAGAUUCAACAACACAGUGGACUCACCUCUGGAAAUUGAAUGAAAUGCAUGAAUUGUCUCAGCCUACUGUUUCUUUAAGUUUUUGCUACUGUUGGUAUUUUUGCUACAGUUGUUACUGUUGGUCCUGUAAAUGCACUAAAACAGUUGGUCCUGUUGGUAUUUUGCUAAUGUUGCUAUUGUUAACUUAGUUGGUUUACAAUGAUUAACUGUGAAUGUUUUUUGCUUGUAAUGAUUGGUAAUGAAUGGGUUCAUAAUGAAUGUUUUU